GCGGAUACAUUGUGUCCCGUUUAUUGAGAUCCCGCCGCCGCCGCGCUUGGGUGUGUGCGUGUGCGUGUGUGCGUGCGUGUCCCGUGGAGUUUCCUUAUAACACGCUGGUCGGGUCUCCAUGGAAGAAAGACCCUGGUGAUUAUUUGGGGAGGGGGCCGGAGAGGAGAUCGCCGCCUCCCCAGCCGCCGCCUGGAUGUGUCCUCGAGGGAUCCUGGAAAGAACUUUGGCCCGGGAUUGAGCAAGACAGACAGAAAGACAGACGGCGGAGGGGAGAGAAGAGGCCGCGAGUAGACGGCCUGCAAUGCUGCCGUUCCGAGGGCGCGUUCUCCCAUCGGGGCUCUGAGUGUUGCGAUCACCUUGUCCUGUCCGAUGCGCGGUGGGCCUGUGGAGGCAGCGCGGGCCGUUCUGCAAGAGAGAGUCGUCCCUUGAUUUUUGCCCCGUCUGCGGUGCUGCGUGGGUUUGGGUGGGCUGGCGGCGGCGGCGGCGGCUUUUCCUUCGCAGUUCUCCCAGCGAGGAGAGGGUGGAUUUCCCUCUUGCCGAAGUCGGGCUGCUUUGCCCGCACGGUUCAACUGCCCCCUGCUCCGCCCCAUUCCCCCGAUUCCUUCCCCGUGUCCCGUGCGUGACCUGGCCUUGAAUCUUUCUCCCGGCGCCGGCAAGAGCGCGGCCUUUUGUACUGGGACUCCUUCACGGCGGCAAUUGAAACCCUCAGUCGGACCGGGCACUUGACUUAGUUGGAUUUCCCCCUCGGAUCGAGUUCUUAAAAAGAACCUCCGCCUCUGCUCGGGCUCUGUGGUGUUACAAGUGCAUCUUGCAAGUUCUAUCCCGACCGGGGAAGGGGAGAUUCUUUUUUUAACUGCAAAAACAAAAAAGGCGGAAAGAAAAAAAAAAGCCAAAGGAGCAGCAGCGCUGACAUCGGCAAAGAAGGAUCCAUCCCAACCCGGACAUCUCGUGAGCCCCUCUUGCCUGGCCAGCGUCCCCCCCCCCCCCCGGAAAGCUAACAACAAAGGAAGCGGCUGAGCUCGGGCUGCAGGAAGGCGGCGCGGGCUGGAGGAUGAUCCUGCGGCUGAGCCGAGAGGCGAAAUAGCGUGCCCCUCGCGCCUCCCUUGCCGGCCGCCUGCCUCGUGUUUUGUUUGCUCGGGCUCUGCCAGAUUCAGGGUUCGGGUCGAGAAUUGAGCUGCGAAGGAGCCGAGCAGCCACAGCCAUGUUUCCUCAGAGUCGGCAUCCCACACCGCACCAGGCUGCAGGACAACCCUUUAAGUUCACCAUCCCGGAGUCUCUAGACCGAAUCAAAGAGGAGUUCCAGUUUCUCCAAGCUCAGUAUCACAGCCUUAAAUUGGAAUGUGAGAAGCUGGCAAGUGAAAAGACAGAAAUGCAAAGGCACUACGUGAUGUACUAUGAAAUGUCGUAUGGGUUAAAUAUUGAAAUGCACAAACAGACAGAAAUUGCCAAGAGAUUGAAUACAAUCUGUGCACAAGUCAUCCCAUUUUUGUCUCAAGAACAUCAACAACAAGUGGCUCAAGCAGUAGAACGUGCCAAACAAGUGACCAUGGCUGAACUGAAUGCCAUCAUCGGGGUACGUGGCCUUCCAGGUCUACCUCCUACACAACAGCAGUUGCAGGCUCAGCACCUCUCCCAUGGCCAUGGACCUCCAGUGCCUCUAACCCCACACCCGUCAGGACUCCAGCCACCGGGAAUUCCUCCGCUUGGGAGCAGUGCGGGCCUUCUUGCUCUCUCAAGUGCUCUGGGUGGGCAGUCUCACUUGGCAAUAAAAGAUGACAAGAAGCACCACGAUCCAGACCACCACAGAGACAGAGAUCCGGGCACAAGUAAUUCACUCUUGGUUCCGGACAGCCUGCGGAGCACAGAUAAACGCAGGAAUGGACCUGACUAUUCUAAUGACAUGAAAAAAAGAAAAGUGGACGAUAAGGAUUCAAGCCACUAUGACAGUGACGGUGAAAAAAGUGAUGACAACUUAGUUGUGGAUGUGUCUAAUGAGGACCCUUCAUCUCCACGAGCAAGCCCCGCGCAUUCACCACGUGAGAAUGGCAUAGACAAAAACCGUCUCUUGAAGAAAGAUGCCUCUAGCAGUCCAGCAUCCACUGCCUCAUCAGGGAGUUCCACCUCCAUGAAAUCCAAAGAAAUAGGUUUGCAUGAAAAAGCGAGCACCCCAGUUCUGAAAUCCAGCACACCAACUCCACGAAGUGAUGUGCCAACUCCGGGGACUAGUGCUACGCCGGGCCUUCGUCCAGGCCUUGGCAAACCUCCAACAAUGGACCCUCUGGUCAAUCAAGCAGCUGCUGGUUUGAGGACGCCUCUUGCUGUACCUGGUCCUUACCCUGCUCCAUUUGGAAUGGUACCACAUGCUGGCAUGAACGGUGAGCUGACCAGCCCAGGAGCCGCCUAUGCCAGUCUACACAACAUGUCCCCGCAAAUGAGUGCUGCUGCAGCUGCAGCUGCUGUGGUCGCCUAUGGGCGAUCCCCCAUGGUUGGGUUUGAUCCUCCUCCUCACAUGCGAGUACCCGGAAUCCCUCCAAAUCUGGCUGGAAUCCCUGGAGGAAAACCAGCGUACUCUUUUCAUGUCACUGCAGAUGGCCAGAUGCAACCUGUUCCCUUUCCCCCUGAUGCUCUCAUUGGACCAGGAAUACCUCGGCAUGCUCGCCAGAUCAAUACCUUGAACCAUGGGGAAGUGGUCUGUGCAGUUACCAUCAGCAACCCCACCAGACAUGUAUACACUGGUGGGAAGGGGUGUGUCAAAGUCUGGGAUAUCAGUCAACCUGGCAACAAGAGUCCUGUCUCACAGCUUGACUGUCUGAACAGAGAUAACUACAUCCGAUCUUGUAAAUUGCUCCCUGAUGGAUGCACCCUGAUUGUCGGUGGGGAAGCCAGCACGUUAUCCAUUUGGGACCUGGCGGCUCCGACUCCGCGCAUCAAAGCAGAGCUGACGUCCUCGGCUCCUGCCUGCUAUGCUCUGGCGAUCAGCCCUGAUUCCAAGGUCUGCUUCUCCUGCUGCAGUGAUGGGAACAUAGCCGUGUGGGAUCUGCACAAUCAAACACUGGUCAGGCAAUUCCAGGGCCACACAGAUGGAGCCAGCUGUAUUGACAUUUCUAAUGAUGGUACCAAGCUCUGGACGGGAGGCCUGGAUAACACUGUAAGAUCCUGGGACUUGAGAGAAGGGAGGCAGCUGCAGCAACAUGACUUCACAUCCCAGAUAUUUUCCCUUGGCUAUUGCCCCACUGGUGAAUGGCUGGCCGUAGGCAUGGAAAGCAGUAAUGUGGAAGUGCUGCAUGUAAUUAAACCAGACAAAUAUCAGCUCCAUCUGCAUGAGAGCUGUGUGCUAUCGCUCAAGUUUGCUUACUGUGGCAAAUGGUUUGUAAGUACUGGAAAAGAUAACCUCUUAAAUGCCUGGAGGACUCCAUAUGGUGCUAGUAUAUUUCAGUCCAAAGAAUCCUCUUCUGUGCUUAGCUGUGAUAUCUCUGUUGAUGAUAAAUACAUAGUCACCGGAUCUGGAGACAAGAAGGCUACUGUCUAUGAAGUUAUCUACUGACAAAUUAUGUUGCAAAUGAAGAGUUGAACUGGGCCAAACUCAGUUUGUAGACAUUCAAAGGAAGACUUUGCCUUUUUUUAAUUAAAAGGAAAGAAAGGAAGAACUUGAUUUUGAGACCUUUACAUGAUGCAAAUCAACACAUAUUAAAGCAGAAGGCAACCUUUUGUUCUUCACGGUCUCUGUGCAUCGCGCAUGAAGAAGGCAACUUUUUGGCAUCCAGCGACUGGACUGGUGUGAAGCAAGAAGGCAAGAUGGAUUAAUGUAGCAUAGUUGUGAUGGAUUUUAAAAGCAGAGUCUGCUGCUUUGUUGCAGCCUUUUGGAUUCUCCCCCUUUUUGAUCUCAUAAAGUCAUGCUCAUUGCUUGAUUAUGUCGGAUUAUGUUUCAACACUUACAAUCCCACCUGCAUUCUGUCUUGUGUAGAACAGUGGUAUCUUGGAUAAACUUGUUUUCUGGUUUUGCCUCUUGGGAUAUAGCCUUUUGUAUUUUUUGUUGAAGAUCAAACAUUUGUAUAAAUUGUAAAUACAUCUGGUUUAUUACAGUAAAGGCUUUAGUAUCAACAAAUGGUCUCUGUUCCCCCCAACACUUCAUGAAUGAUCUUUUAAAAAAACCUUUUGUAAUUUAAAACUUUUAAUAAGCUAGAGUGGAACUGUGAAACAUUUGAUAAGUUUUUGUAUGCUGAGCAUAAUAUCAAGCUUAUUUUAUUAGAGAUAACUUCCUAAAAGAUUUUGCAUUCAGAAUUCACAUUUGUACUUCAGAAAAUGGAAAAGCAAGCACUUCGUACAUUGAGAAAAAAUGUAAAUUUUAAAUUUUGAAGAGAGGUUUAUACAGAAACAUUUGUAAAUAGGUGUUUAAGGAGUGACACUAUGACAUUCCUGUGGUUUGUAACUUAUGGUUGUUUCUCAUGUUGCAUCAGAAACUAAGAACAGCAAAGCUAAUCAUGCUUCCACAGAGAAAUAUGGGGUCAAAGAUUUCGAGAAGAAUUUAGGGAUAGUAUCAGUGUUGGCUGCUGUAUACACUUUACAGGUGGCACAUUCAUUCCAUAGUUUACCAGUAUUAGCGUGAAGAAUUCCUUUGGGCUUUUGGUUGACUUUUUCCCAAACAUAUUUGCCUCUUUCUAAUUUGCUUGCUCAAAAGUGACCAACUUAUCUGCAUUGUUGCAGAAGGGUGUCACCUGGAAGCCAAAACAAUACAUCCAAGAGCAACAUUGGCUGAAUCACAGACAAAGUUUCCCAUUUGGGAACAAAUUUCCUUCCUUGUGCCUGAAGAGACAUUCGUUUUCUUUUCAAUUUACAUGCUCAUUCUACUGAAUCCAUUUUAUAGCAGUAUGGAAUGGUAAUAGCCCUAAUAUAUAUAACUUUGCAUUUGGAAUGUAAAAUGUUAACUAUUCUUGAUGACCUAGUUAAAUAGCCUUUAAAAUUAGUACGGUUAUCAAUCUAUAUACCUAUAGAUAUGUAUCAGAUGUGCAUCUGUAUGAAAAUGGCUGACUGAGCAUUUUCAUGAGCAUUUGGUGUGCUGAUUCUGAAGCAUAAGGCUUCAAUUUCAUUUUUUUAAACAGUUCACAAAUCCAGCCAUGUAUCAAGCCUAGAGUGCCUCAAACUGCUCCAUGUGAUGGGACGGGGCUUUUUGCCCCCUGACCCUACUGUUCUUGAACACAAUGGGACCUUAAUCAUGUCUUCAUUUCAGGAAGUUUUUGUAAGCCAGUGCAUAAGGCUCAGAAAACAGUCUUUGGCUUGUGAUUGUCCCUGUGAUGGUUCUGGUUCGCUGGAUAAACAAAGGAGGAUGUGUGCGUAUGCCUUCUGCUCCAUUUUCUUCCAGAACAAAGGAACAUAUAUUACAUGGUGACAUCCAGUACUUCUGCUUAGGCUCCUCAAGUAAACAUAUACAGUACUAAAUGUGCAUAAUUUAAUUCCACUGCAGAAUUUGAGUUUCUGGUUGUGGGGUUCUAAUUACAGCAAUCUAGGCAUUCUUACACUUAGUUUUCACCAGGAGGAUGUUGUUCCAAGGCUUGGCAUAAUGUGCAGCAACAGGGCUAUCAGACUUGUGUAACCCACACUGUGGGGUGAUCUCUUAGGACUCUUCUGUCUAUCAAGUGCAGAGAUGAGUUUGUGCGCUUGCUACCUGACCUUCCUGAAGUAGAUUUACGGCAACCAGUAAUAGUUGACUCCAGGAGGUCGGUUGGCCUCUGUAAUUUUCAGUUUAAGUCUCAAACUUUCCCCAUUUUCCUUGUAGUGUAAAGGCUGCUAUAUUUUGCACCUAGGGUAAAUUUAUAUAUUGGUUACUGUCUGUUUCCAGAUGUAAUUUGUUCUUGGCCUAUGAAGUCCUGAAUGACCUGAGAUCAGAACAUAUCGGGAAAGUCUUUCUAUCAGACAACCCUGCCCCGGCACUGUGAUUCACUUGGCACAGUUUUCUGUGGUCUGUGGUAUACAGCAUCAGGACAAGAAAGAAGGCCUUUGUAAAGUCUCUUGUGAGAGGUCUGUGUGACUCUUUUGAUGCUCAUCUGUCAAAAUGCAGGCAAAACUGAUUUCCUUCAAGAAAGUGUUUGCUAGAUGCUAAUUUAAUUUGUUACUAUUUCUGACCUUUGGGUGGCUUGCAGCUUUUUAUUGAUCUAGUUUUUCUAGUUUUGUUAGUAUACUGGAGUGUUAGCUGCUUUGAUGCAUUAUUCACCGCCCCCUUUGACUUUUCCAUAUUUUGUGGUGCUACAACUUGCAAUUGAAAUUAAUUUAAUUGCCAUUGUUAGCAUUUGAUAUGUUCAAGAUAUUCAGUAUCAUGAAGCAACAAAAUAAUGUUUUUGUGGCAUAAAAGUUAAGUCAACUAACACAAACUGGAACUUGUUUUUCAAUUUAUUUCUUUGUUGUGACAUGCCUAAGUAAGCUCUGGUGCAACACACUGCCUCCAGAGUCCUGUAAGUAGUUAAAUAGAAUCUGCUUUUGUGUAAUUUUAGUGCCACUUGAUCGCAGCAUAAAUACACCUGUUUCUGGAAGCCCUGGAACAUGUUAGAGAGUAUAUCUUAAACAAGCAGCACCAUGAAGACCAAAGACUUAUCAAAACAACUCUGGAUCAGUUGUACAGAAGAACCAGUCAGGAUUGGGUUAUUUAACUAUGAACAUCUCCUGCAGCACUUCCAAAUCUAUUAUUACACAAUGGAAAGAACACAGUGCAACUGUCUAGCAAAGUCUGUCCAGAAAAAAGUCUUUGGCCUGAUAAAGAGGGCAUUAAAAGCAAUCAGAGUCAAUAGCAACACUGAAAGAGCUGAAGGGACCCACAGAUGAAAUGGAAGAAGCAUCUUAGGGACAACUGGCACCCAGGUGCUCCACAAAAAGCUGGGCUUUAUGGAAGAAUGCUGCAAAGAAAGCCAUCACAGGAACCCGUAACAAAGCCCAUUUGCAUUUUGCAAAAUGGCAUGUGGGAGACACUGCCAACAUGCUACAAAAAUCCAGUCCAAUAAGAAUGAAAGAGAACUUUUUGGCCUGCUUCAAAAUGUGUGCGGCACAAAGUGAACAGUACGCAUUACUCUGAGAACCCCAUCCCCAAAGUAAAGCACGUUGGUGGCAGCAUAAUGGUGUCAGGACUUCAGCAAGAUCUGAGGAAUUGGUCAGGAUUGAAGGCCAGAGGGAUGGAGCCAAAUACAGGGCGAUUCUAAAGAAAAACCUGUUUCAGUCUGCAAGACCUAGCAGAGAGCCAGAUGUUUACCUUCUGGCAGGACAAUGACCUAAACACAUAGCCAAAGUUAAUACUUCAGUGUUUUAAAAAUAAGGACCUGAGUAUCAUAGAAUGGCCCAGUCAAAGGCCAAAGCUCAAUCUAAUUGUGAAUCUGCAGCAAGUUUUGAAAGUUGCUGUUCACCAACAGUCCCCAUUUAACCUGACAGAACUGGAGCAGUUCUUGCAGGAAGAAUGGCCGAACAUUGUCGGAUCCAGAUGCUCAACGCUGAUUUACUCAAGAAGACUUGCAGCUGUAACUGCUCCCAAAGGUGUUUCUGGCAGAUAUAGAUGAGGGGGCUGUUGAAUACUUCGGCAACCGACAAGUGCCAGUUUGUUUUGUUGACUUAACUUUUGUGUGGUCAUACUUUGAACACAUCCUGAAAAGGCAAAACUUCCUGGAGAACGCUGAAAUGCUGGAGAAGUUGAAGGUAGAUGAAGAAAAGGAAAAGCAAACGUGGGAUGGAUUGACUCCAUAAAGGAAGACCCAGACUUGAAUGUACAAGAGCUUCAAGGACAGGGCAUUUUGGAAGACUAUUCUAUAGGGUCACCAUAAGUCAGAGACAACUUGAUGGCAUGGAACAGCAAAAUAUUGUGCGCCUUCACACUGUUGAGUAGUCUGUGUACAUCAAUGGUAACAGUGCCAAUUAAAUCCAUUUCAUUUCCUGCUUGUAACAACAAAAUGGGGAAAGGUCAAAGGGCAUGUGUGUGGCUAUUUCUGCAGGGCACUAUAUAUUAUGCUGUGUUAGAGAUAAAGGAAAUAAGUAAAUUAACACCCAUGGCACACUUAGAUGUACAAUACAACCAGCUGAUGGUGUAUUCACACUUUUAACAAUGGUACCUAUGUUCAUGCCAUCAUUGGGGCAGCAUCAGCCACCUGCACGUAAAGUACAUCCUCCCCUCUUGUGAUCAGUGGAGAGCAGGACUGGGCAAUAUGUGCUCUCCAAUGCUUUGGACUACAACUCCUAUAAUCAAUGGCCAUUGGUCCUGCUGUCUGGAGUUGAUGGGAGAUGCAGCCCAAUUCCAGGAGGGUGGCAAACUGCUUACCCCAGGGUAGACCAUUGGAUACUGUUGGGGGAAUACUGUUAUUUAGCAACGGGUACCUUGCAUGCAGCUUUGGCCUAUGGUUGUGUGCUUCAACAUUGGGAGUUGCAGGUAUGCCAUGCACAGUUCCAGCAUUCCACAGUUGGGGAAUACAUACGCAAAAGCUUGCUCAUACAUGUGCAUUGCACUUGCUAGAUAGGGAUCUGAUCCUCUUUAUCGCUACAUUUUUGUCAAGAUGACAAAUCAUUUUGCAAUGACUGAAUUAGUUGUGUGUUUGAGUUUUCAGUGUGCUCUUGGGGCCAUUUCAUGCUGGAUGGAUUGCCUAAACCAAAAAUACUCCCUUACAGGAAAUUAUGUGACUUAACAUAUGAGGAUGAGCACAAGCAUGCUCAUUUUCUGGCAUGUAAACUUUAUCUUGAAAGAAGCAGUCCUUAUAGACAUCUCGGUUGAAGAUGGGAGCUUUGCAACUGAAAGUAAUAAGUCCCCAUACUCCUUCAAGGAUUGUGCUUAAUGACAAGAAAAAAAAUUAGCGAUCAGCCUGAGAAGGUCACAGUGGGAAGUUAACCCAUAACAUGGAAAACUACAAAAUCACUUGUUACAUCCCAGGGAGUGGGCUUAAUUUGUUUAAAAUCAAAUCCAUCUGUUCAUUUCACACGCUUUGUUCCACUUCCUUGCAGCAAUCCACAGUGGAGCACUCCGUUACUUUAAAAAUUGGCUGCAAUUAUGAUAAGCUAAUAACUCUUAUUUUGUGGUUAACUGCAUCAAGAUAUUUUGGAUCACUUCCAAGCUUCCCCUUAAUUUUUCUGAAUUACCCAAAUCAUCUAUUGGCCCAAGUAUUCACUGCAAAACUAGGUUUAAAAUUAAUUCACUGUUUUAAUAUUUAUAAAUUCUAUAUUAAUGCUGUCAUUCAAUUACUUGCUCCUAAUGAAUCAGCCAUGUAUUUCCGCUUAAUAUGACAGUAACCUUAAUGUCAGAUUGGUAUUUGCAAAUGUACUGCAUGUAUUAUUGAAGAAAUUGCACAUUAAGAUUUUACUUGUUCAUUUCAAA